AACGGGGCUGCGGAGAGCGUGCCCGGGAGGAGACGAGCCUCCCCCUACCUCAAAAUAAAAAAAACGCUAGCUUUUCUAAGCCACUUCCAGGAAGGGAAAGGAAAAGAUGCCGGCCAUACAGAAGCCGAUGAGGUAUGGACAUACAGAAGGACACACGGACGUCUGUUUCGAUGAUUCUGGGAGUUGUAUUGUGACUUGUGGAAGUGAUGGUGAUGUGAGAAUUUGGGAAGACUUGGACGAUGACGAUCCUAAGUCCAUUAAUGUUGGAGAAAAGGCGUAUUCGUGUGCUUUGAAGAAUGGAAAAUUGGUCACUGCAGUUUCUAACAAUACUGUUCAAGUCCACACAUUUCCUGAAGGAGUUCCUGAUGGUAUAUUGACUCGAUUCACUACAAAUGCAAACCAUGUGGUGUUUAAUGGGGAUGGUACUAAAAUUGCUGCUGGUUCAAGUGAUUUUCUUGUCAAAAUUGUGGAUGUGAUGGAUAGUAGCCAACAGAAAACAUUUCGAGGGCAUGAUGCCCCUGUUUUAAGUCUUUCUUUUGAUCCAAAGGACAUCUUUCUGACAUCAGCUAGUUGUGAUGGAUCUGUCAGAGUGUGGCACAUUUCAGAUCAGACAUGUGCUAUUAGUUGGCCACUACUACAAAAGUGCAAUGAUGUAGUAAAUGCAAAAUCCAUCUGCAGGCUUGCUUGGCAGCCAAAAAGUGGGAAGUUAUUAGCAAUUCCUGUGGAAAAGUCUGUAAAGCUAUACAGAAGAGAAACUUGGAGUAAUCAAUUUGAUCUUUCAGAUAGUUUCAUCUCUCAGACACUCAAUAUAGUAACCUGGUCUCCCUGUGGGCAAUACUUAGCUGCAGGUAGUAUUAAUGGUUUAAUUAUAGUUUGGAAUGUGGAAACCAAAGAUUGCAUGGAGAGGGUGAAACAUGAGAAAGGCUAUGCAAUUUGUGGCCUGGCAUGGCACCCUACUUGUGGUCGAAUAUCUUACACUGAUGCAGAGGGAAACCUUGGUCUCCUGGAAAAUGUUUGUGACCCCAGUGCAAAGACAUCAAGAAUUAAGGUAUCUAGCAGAGUGGAAAAGGAUUACAGUGAUCUUUUUGAUGGAGAUGAUACAAGUAAUGCUGGUGAUUUUCUAAAUGAUAAUGCAGUUGAGAUUCCGUCUUUUUCAAAAGGGAUUGUAAAUGAUGAUGGGAAUGAUGAUGACCUCAUGCUAGCUUCAAGUCGUCCUAGACAGCGAAGUUACAUCCUAGAAGAUGAUGAAAACUCAGUUGAUGUUACAGUGCUAAAGUCUGGUCUUCCUAAAGAAGAGGAGGACGAUGAUCAGGCAGGCAGUAUUCAUAAUCUACCAGUCACAUCUCAGAAGCCAUUGUAUGAUGGGCCCAUGCCAACUCCCCGACAAAGGCCAUUCCAGUCGAGUUCUACACCCUUACAUCUCACACACAGAUUCAUGGUGUGGAAUUCUAUUGGAAUUAUUCGUUGCUAUAAUGAUGAGCAAGACAAUGCCAUAGAUGUGGAGUUCCAUGACACCUCCAUACACCAUGCAACACACUUACCAAACACUUUGAAUUAUACAGUAGCUGAUCUUUCCCAUGAAGCUAUUUUGUUGGCAUGUGAAAGCACUGAUGAACUAGCAAGCAAGCUUCACUGUCUGCACUUCAGUUCAUGGGAUUCAAGCAAAGAGUGGAUAGUAGAUAUGCCUCAGAAUGAAGAUAUUGAAGCCAUUUGUCUUGGUCAGGGAUGGGCUGCUGCUGCCACUAGUGCCUUGCUCCUUCGGUUAUUUACUGUUGGAGGUGUUCAAAAAGAGGUCUUCAGCCUUCCUGGGCCUGUGGUGUCAAUUGCAGGACACGGAGAACAGCUUUGUAUUGUUUAUCACAAAGGUACAGGAUUUAAUGGAGAUCAAUGCCUUGGAGUUCAACUACUAGAGCUGGGGAAAAAGAAAAAACAAAUUCUGCAUGGUGACCCUCUUCCUCUUACAAGGAAAUCCUACCUUGCUUGGGUUGGGUUUUCAGCUGAAGGUACCCCCUGUUAUGUGGAUUCUGAAGGCUGUGUUCGAAUGCUUAACAGAGGACUUGGCAACACAUGGACUCCUAUAUGCAACACAAGGGAACACUGCAAAGGAAAAUCUGAUCACUACUGGGUGGUUGGUAUCCAUGAAAAUUCCCAGCAACUGAGGUGCAUCCCUUGUAAAGGUUCUCGGUUUCCUCCCACGCUUCCACGCCCUGCUGUAGCUAUAUUAUCCUUUAGACUUCCUUACUGUCAGAUUGCAACAGAGAAAGGGCAAAUGGAGGAACAGUUCUGGCGUUCAGUUAUGUUUCACAACCAUCUUGAUUACUUAGCUAAAAAUGGUUAUGAAUAUGAAGAGAGCACUAAAAAUCAAGCAAUAAAAGAGCAACAGGAACUUUUAAUGAAAAUGCUUGCGCUGUCUUGUAAACUGGAUCGAGAAUUUCGCUGUGUGGAACUUGCUGAUCUAAUGACCCAAAAUGCUUUGAAUUUAGCCAUCAAAUAUGCUUCUCGCUCUCGAAAAUUAAUAUUGGCCCAAAAACUUAGUGAGCUAGCCGUAGAGAAGGCAGCUGAAUUGGCAGCAACCCAAGAAGAAGAAGAAGAAGAAGAAGAAGGAGAAGAUUUCAGAAAAAAGCUGAGUGCUGGUUAUAGUAAUACUGCUACAGAGUGGAGCCAGCCAAGGCUCAUAAAUCAAGUUGAAGAAGAUGUUGAGAGCAGAGGAGGAACUGAUGAUACAGAAGAAAAACCAGAACUACAUAAGCAUGGACAGAGCUCAUUAUCCAAAAGUGCAGAUUCCUCUGAUACGCCAACUAUUAAGUCAGGUGCAGUUACCUCUGUCAACCAAGGACGAGUAAACCCCUUCAAGGUAUUGGCCAAUUCCAAAGAACCAGCCAUGCCAGUGAGUUCAACACGUUCAACUAAUAUUUUAGACAGUAUGAACAAAUCAUCCAGGAAAUCCAGUGCACUUAAUCGAGCAGCAAAUAAUGAAAAGUCUCCAGUUAUAAAGCCUCUGAUUCCAAAGCCAAAGUCUAAGCAGGUAUCUGCAGCAUCCUAUUUCCAGAAAAAAAGUUCUCAGGCCGAUAAGACUGAAGAAGGGAAAGAAGAAAAUCCUACAGAUGUAUCAUCUGAAACCCCAGCUGUGUGUCCUCAAAAUGCUGAAAACCAAAGGCCAAAGACCGGGUUCCAGGUGUGGCUGGAAGAAAACAGAAGUAAUAUUUUGUCUGACAAUCCUGACUUUUCAGAUGAAGCAGACAUAAUAAAAGAAGGAAUGAUUCGAUUUAGAGUACUGUCAGCUGAAGAAAGGAAGGCUUGGACUAACAAGGCCAAGGGAGAAACUGCAAAUGAUGGAACUGAAGCAAAGAAGCGAAAACGUGAUGAAAGUCAUAAAACAGAAAACCAAAAAGAAGCAGCAGAAGAGAAUCUGAGCUUGCCUAAGAAGCAAAAACCUUUAGAUCUUUCUACCAAUCAGAAACUGUCAGCUUUUGCAUUUAAGCAGGACUAAAGGAAGAAAGUGAUCUUAGGAAAGUAAUGGAUUUUUUGGUCUUCUUUGAAUCUGUCCCUUUUUUUUUUUUCUUUUAGUCUUUAGGAAACUCAUUACAUACAUAUUUUUAAAGAGUUAAAGACAACUGUCUUUAUAAGAUAAUAUAGU